AUGUUACUCCAUUACGGCGACGAAGAAAAUCCCCAUCGACCUGAUAAAUUUGAAUACAACAUUCAGUUUGAGCUAGAUGAUGAAGAAUCGGAUGCAACCGAAAAUGAAGACACUGAUCAAAUACGUGAUGGUCGUCACUUGUUCAAUGUUGCAACAGUAGUCUUAGAAUGUCCAAUCGAAGAGGCAUCUAAACUAGAACCGAGAAUCAAAUCAGAGAUUGCCUUUAUGUCGAAGAAAGUCAAAAGGCAUGCAGAAGAAUUUCUCAAAGAAUUGGCUGAUAUCCUUCCAAGCAUGAAGAAGAAUCCGCCUCCUCCUCCUCUUCGCACCACAAAUUUUCGUGGCAGACCUAUGUCAACAUGGGAUUUCGUUCCCAUCGUGGGUUCGAUAAAAUCCAUAGUGGAAGGAGCAGAAGACCUCAAAGAUGGGUACCAUGCCAGUGCAGCAACAAAUCUUGCACUGGGUGUCGGCGGAUUGGCACUUGACUUAGUUUCCGUUGGCAUGGCGGUUACAGCAACGAGAACCGUGGUAAAAGUAGCAGCACAAGAAACCAUCAAAGGAGCAGUGACCACAGCGGCAAAAGGAGCGGGAACAUUGGCGGUAACAAAAGUAACGGAAGCUGCCGCGGUGUAUGUCGCUACUCGUGCAAUUAAAAGAACAAUACACGAGAAACGACGGAAAUGA